CGCGUUAGCCGGUCGUGGCGGACACAUAACCUCUUGUGGGCAACAUAGUGAAGUGAAAAGUGAUAAUUUCCGAAUCUGUGAUUCAUUAUAAAAUAUUAUCAAGAUGUCUUCCCACAAGUUCAUAGUACCUCCCCCAAGGAUCGAAGACCGAGAGGUAGUAAAGCCGCUUCUAUGUGGUCCGGGACCGUGUGACUACUGGCCUUCCGUAGAGAAGGCACUCAGCAAGCCUAUCCUCUCACCAAUCUGCGAAGAAUUGUUCAAAGUCUUGGAAGACAUUCGCAUUGGUUUGCAAUACGUGUUCCAAACUCGCAGCAAGUUAGUGAUGGCGACGAGUGGGUCCGGCCACUCCGGUAUGGAAGCCAUUAUCAGCAACCUAGUGGGACCUGGCGAAACAUUACUUAUCGCUUCCAGGGGCAUAUGGGAUCAACGAGCAUUCAUGAUAGCCACUAGAUACGGAAUUAAAACUAAAGUGGUAAGUAUCCCAAUGGACACAACCUUCAGUCUUGCACAACUGGAGCCCGAACUGAAGAAAACACGACCGGCAGCCCUCUUCAUAACUCACGGAGACUCCUCAACUGGAACACUGCAGAAUCUUGAGGGUUUAGGCGAUCUAUGUCACAAAUACGGGGCACUGCUUCUGGCCGACACCGUGGUCUCAUUAGGCGGAGUUCCAUUCUUCAUGGACGAGUGGGGAGUCGAUGGAGUAUACACUUCCACACAGAAGGUGUUCAGCGGACCAGCUGGCAUUUCUCCCAUCGCAUUCAGUGCGCGUGCUGAACAAAAAUUUAACACUAGAAAACACAAUCCACCUUUCUACCUGGAUGCGAAACAGUUAUCUCUGCAGUGGAGUUGUGAUGGAGUCACAAGAAUAUACCACCACACCCUAAGUUCGCCAUUGCUAUGGGCUCUUCGUGCCUGUCUCCAAGAGCUGGUGAAAGAGACCCUACCCGUGUCCUGGGCUCGUCACGCCGCCAGUACUGCACAUUUCCACAAACGUCUUCGGGAGUACUCCUUCGAGUUCCUUAUCCCGAAACCAGAAGACCGUCUGGCAACCGUCACAACUGUGAAGCUGCCUAAAGGAUACGAUUACAAACAAUUCGUGAAAUAUAUGAGAGAAAACCACAACAUUUUGAUUUUCGCUGGACUAGGCCCUACAGUCGACAAGGCUCUUCGCAUUGGCAUCAUGGGCGUGAACUCCACAACAAAAGUCGCUGAUGCAGUGGCCGAAGCUAUGGCUGAUACUCUUCGAGCUCUCAAGAAAUCCUCAUCUCUAUAAAUAUAAUGCAAAAAUAAUAUCUAGUCUUGUAAAUUAGCCUUUUGACAAGGUAUUAAUAGCAAAUAUCUUAUUACAUAAUAAUAUUAUGAAUAUUUUUUUAUGAUACACUUUAAGUAAAAUAUUUGAAACAA